UUUUAUUUACCUCUCUCUUCUUUUGACCUAUAUUUAUGUAUUUGGAGGGUCAUUAUUCUUCUAUUUAGCUACGCUCUGAGGGCCUGUUCUGUUGUUCCACUGAAAGAUAAGAUCGGAAGAUGGAACAAUCCAAUGUUGAAGAGGGAAUCUUCACAACCAUUGAAGAUUACGAGAGGUUAGGCUCUGGGAAUCAUGGCGACGAAUACGAUUCGUUGAGUUCAAACCGAUUUAGGCUUCUCCAAGGGAGCGGAAUGAGGAUGCUCGAAGAGAAGGGCCUGGAGCACGAAACUGUAGCGAAGUGCUUCGUUUCGGGUCUUGGUAGCAUAGGGAGGGAUGCACAAGUUGUGGCGGUUCAUAAGAAUUGGAGUUCGGAUUCGGGGAAAGUGGGGAGGGAGGAAGCUUUUAGAAUAUUCUCGGAUGCGGUGGCCACCAAAUGCGGAGGAGAUGCUAAUAUCAAGUUUGGUUGGUACGGUGCUCCAGUGGAUGACAUCUGCCAGAUCGUGUCUCACGGUUUCAGUCGUUUCAAUCAUAAAGAUAUGCGCUCUGAAUCAUUGCACGGCGUGGGCGUCUCUUUGUGUGCCGCUAGAUUUUCGAUUGACUGUGUCUCGUCUUCGGCCGUCGACCAAAAUGGACUACAACACGCGUUAUUAUGCAGAGUAAUAUUGGGGAAAGUGGAGGCUAUUCCCGCAGGAUCUAAGCAAUUUUAUCCAAGUUCCAGCGCAUUCGAUACGGGCGUAGACAGCUUGUUCGCACCCAGAAAAUACAUCGUUUGGGAUGCUUUCAUGAAUUCUCACAUACAGCCCACUUACGUAGUAAGCUUCAAGGCCCCUCAGCCAAAGGGUGCCCAAAUGAAUAUGAAGUCGGUAAAUAUGGUGAAGCCGAGGUCGGCAUGGGUGAGUUUUCCUACGCUGAUGCUUACACUUUCGAGGUUCUUGGAUCCUAGGAAGAUGAGUUUGAUACACAAAUGGCACGAGGAUUUUAUUAGAAACAAGAUUCCGCGCCCACAACUGAUCAACAAAGUGAGGCACAUUGCUGGAGACGAGCUGUUAAUUGCUGUAAUUAAAAAUCAGAGGAGAAAGGAGGUGAUGCAAGUGGCGUAGUUCCAGCCCUUCAAAUCACAGGGGCAGUGGAGCCGUCGUAAUAGAUCAAAUUGAACAUUUUGGGAGAAUAGUAUAACAUUCAGGGCGGGUUAAUUGUCUAAUUCACUUCCAAUCAUCAACUUCAUUUUGUUUCUUUCUUUUGUUAUUCAAAAUCCUUAUUUUCUAUAUAAAUGUUCCCCACUAGAUUAAUUAUACCA